AUGAAGAUCAGCCAGAUAUAUGUGUACCCAAUCAAAUCGCUCAGGGGUACUGCCCUCGAGUCAGCCGAGGCGACAUACCGGGGCUUUCAGUAUGAUCGCUGCUACAUGCUUGUCAAACAGGCCCUGAAGCAGAGAAACAUGCUAGUGUCAGAGUUUCCGGAGAUGUGCCUAUUCCUCACCAGUAUUGUCUACCCGUCUAAGCAAAGUCCUGACAGCGGAAAAAUCAUCGUGACAUACAUGAAACCAGGCUCCACAGAGCAGAGAUUCCUGGAAGUGCCUCUAGAGCCAGAAAUUAAAGGACUUGACAAGAUGGAGAUCACGCUGCACUCCAGUCCAACAAACGCGUAUAACAUGGGUCAGAAAUACAACCAGUGGUUCAGCGAGUGCUUCGGGUACGAAGUCAUACUGGCGUACAUCGGCGAGAACAGAAGAGAACUGCUAGGCAACUUGGCGCCCUCGGUGGCAUGGAAGCAACAACAGCGGAAAGAACAGAACUCAUGGACAUCGAGUCUGACCAGUAGGCUUCCAAACAUUGGCAAUGUACCAGGAGUCAAGCAGGGCCUAACCUUCAGCGAUGUGGCACCAUACUUGGUUAUCACAGAAAAAAGCUGGCAGAAUGCCAACCUAAGACUCCCGGGAAACAAAACAAUUGACAUAACAAAGUUCAGGCCCAACAUUGUGAUUGAAGGAGCAGAAGAAGACUUCGAAGAGGACUUCUGGGCUGAGUUGGCAAUCGGUGAUACAUUGAAGCUUGUACUGACGCAAAAUUGCGUGCGCUGUAAGAGUUUGAACGUGGAUCAUGCCACAGGGAAGAUGGGAACGGGGGAGGCAGGCUCGAUUUUUAAGAAACUGCAAAAGGAUCGGAGGGUGGACAGCGGAAAUAAAUGGUCUCCGGUAUUCGGCAGGUAUGGCUUUUUGCACGAGGAUAUGGCAGGCGCAAGCAUGCAUGUGGGUGAUGAGGUUAGGGUGCUAAGGAGAAAUAAAGAACGCACAACUUUCGGUAAGUCUGGUGAACUUCGGAGUGACAUAGUCUGGAGCUCACGAUACCCAUCACAGAAUGGCCAGGUCUAA